AGGCGCCGGACUCCAACCUGCGCAUUCCAAUCCGUCUGCUGGAGCUUCUGUGCCUUACUUUUUAAGUGGAGUUACUUUCAAUAAAAGCGCUGCCUUUAACCGUCCAUCUUUGCUAAUAAACCAACUGAGGAAUAAUUUGGAAAAGUACUCUCAAGGAAAGGAAGGCUCAGCGCGAGUAACCGCAAAAAGACAAAAGACAUGAGACCUUCAGCCAUGCAGUGGCAACCCUGGCUUAUCCUCUGUGUUGUGGUUAUCUCUGCGGUGGCAUCAGAGCAGCUCGAUGGUCCGAGAGGGUUCCCGUCUUUCUACAGAGAUGUCACAGAUGAGCCCAUUGAUUAUUUUGAUGUUCUCAACAACAAAGAUGAAGGCAGUGGUUCUGGAAUGGGAGUCCCAGAAGUUCGUGUCCCCCGAAAACAAAACCACUCCAAGAUGUUCAUAACACAGACCACUAAAGAGUACCUUACUGGUCGAUGGAUGACACUCUUUAUCCCUUCGGUGUAUACCAUGGUGUUUGUUGCCAGCUUACUGCUGAAUGGCCUCGCCAUUCUUAUGUUCAUCUUCAAAGUGAAAUUAACAAAACCAGCCGUUAUAUACAUGCUGAACUUGGCCUUUGCUGACCUGCUUUUUAUUCUUCUGCUGCCAUUUAAAAUAUCGUACCACUUUUCUGGGAACAACUGGACCUACGGACCUGUGAUGUGCAGGAUUGUCACAGCUGCUUUUUACUGCAACAUGUACUGCUCAGUCCUCCUUGUAAUGUGCAUAGCCAUUGACCGUUUCCUUGCUGUGGUCUACCCCAUGCAGUCUCUGUCCUGGCGAAGCCGGGAGAAUGCCAUCAUUGUGUGUUUAUCUAUGUGGUUCUUAGCUGUUGGUGGUGUUAUGCCUAUUCUGUUGUCAGAACAGACAGCCAGAAUCCCUGAUCUCAGCAUCACAACCUGCCAUGAUGUGCUGGACAUCAAAAAAUUUCAAGGCUACUAUCUCUACUUCUUUCCCAUUUUCUGUUUUGUUUUCUUUUUUAUCCCCAUGAUAGUCACGUCCGUUUGUUAUAUUCGUAUCAUUCAGUGCCUCAGUUCGGUAAAUGUCGCCAGCAAGUGCAAGAAGACCCGUGCUAUCUUCAUGGCUGUUGUCGUCUUCACCAUCUUCAUUGUCUGCUUUGCCCCCACCAACAUCAUUUUACUCACCCACUAUCUGCGUUUUGCUAACGGCUACAAUGAGAAUUCCUACUUUGCCUAUCUCAUCUCCAUGUGUCUUGGCAGCAUUAGCUGCACUCUUGACCCCCUGAUUUAUUACUUUGGAUCUUCCACCUGCCAACGGCACCUCCACAAUCUUCUCUGUUGCAAAGGAGAUGCAGUUGAGAUUAGCUACACCAAGUCGGAUAGCCAGAGCAGCAAAAUGGAAACCUUUUCAAACAGCCUUCAAAGCAGCCAGUAUAAAAAGCUUUUGGCCUGAAAUCACCAAAAGCACAGAAUCUAGUUUGAUCCCAAGGGUGUGCUUUUAGUAUUGUGCUUCCAAUACCACUGUAGUCAAAAAUAAAUAAAUCUGAGUUCUGCAGUCCAUUUAUCCCCAGCUCUUUGGAUUGCUGAAUGUAACAUUGGACACGAGUCAAAUCCUGCUGUAGUGUCGGCAACAAAGUGAAGUUCUGAGUUUUGGAUGAUGGGAGGACACAUUGCUUAGUCUUGGUGCCAUUCUCAGUUUGCAGCUGCUUUCAUUUCUUAAUGCUUGCUGUAGUUGGAGACCUCUGCCAGCAGAUGACCUAAUCACCACAUUACAGAUAGCUUUUUUCUUUUCUAACCUUGUGUGCGCCUCACAAAAGAUGUGUGUUUGAAAACGAAGAGCAUAAGUGAUGUGUCUGUGUGCAGGGGUGGCUGAUGGUUGCAAAUAUUUGUUACUUAUUUUGCAUUCUACUCGCUCACAUUAGCUUUAAUUUACCCUUCCUUUUUAUUCAAUCUUAAAGGAAUACUCUUUCCAAAAAUAUUUUAUCACCCCAUGUUGUUUUCAGUAAUGGCUACGAAAAAUAUUUAAUCUCAUGUUUUUAUGUGGAAGGGAGAUAACAAAGAUCCUAACACAAUGGGGCCUAUGCCAAAAAAAAGAGCAAACAAUAUCAAAACGUCCAUGAAAUAAAAACCUCGAUUUGUGUUGCAUAAUCCAUGUGCCAGAUAUCCAGUUGUAUGCUCACAACAUCCCAAACACGGAAUGUUUUUGCAGGAAGAAACAGGUCUUCAGUUCAAAAGCCCGAUUGCAUUUAAACGUGCUCCCCAGAAGUUCAUGAGAAGUGGUUCAGUUAAGUAUAUUUUAUCAAAAAUACACGUGUUUUGAGAUGUAGUGAGCCCAUGACUGGCUAACUGACGUGUGCAUUAUGCAACACACAUUUUUAUGGAUAUCUCCAUCCUGUUUGCUAUUUGUAGAGUGUUGUCCCCUCUGAAUCCAGUUGUGUCCGCAACUUUGUCAUCUCUCUUCCCCAUAAAAAUAUGAGAUUUUUUUUUUUCUCGGCCAUUACGACAAACAAAAGUGGGGUAAGUGACUGAUAAUACAAAACUAUCGUUUUUGGUCACACCAUGCCACCAUCAAUUUUUGACUUUUUCUCUAUAAAAGUUGUCAUCUUGAAGCAAUCAAGAAAUUUCUGAACAGUACACAUCUCAGGCAAACAAUUGUGUGCAGUUUUAAAGAUAAUGUUCAUAUUGUGUGCUGUUUGUCAAGUGUUGGUCCCAACUGAAACUGUUAUGUCAGGAACUUUAUAUCUUUUCCCCAUUAAAACAUGAGAGAAAUUUUAUGAAGAUUUCCAAAAAUUCCGCAGCCCUGUGGGCAGGAAAAAAGACGUUUCCUGCUGAUGAUGUGUGUCAUGGUGUGUGAAACGGAUGACUUAUGUAAACGGCUUUGGGGUGGAAUGAUCCAGUCAGAUUGGUUUUUUUUUUUUUUGUCCCAUAUGCCUCUGACCAACAUCCAUUUGUUCUGAUAGAUGUGUUUAAUGUAUUUCCCGGAUCAGUUCUUUCAUUUUGCAUGUUGGAACAACACCCUUUCUCCAGGGAAGUUCAGGAAUGAAGUCAGGUUUUUCCUGUAAGUGGAAAUGGUGCGUAUUCUAAAAAAUGUUUAGUGCCCGUACAAUAAGCUUUAACCACACACAUGUAGAUGAUCUGAUCUAAAUUUUGGUUAAGCAUUUCCAUUUCUAGUUUUGUGCACACCGUAAUGUUAUUGUUAGUCUGACACAGUGGCAAGGCUUUAUCAAGGCUGUUGCCUUCUUAACAGAAGGUCUCCCCAUUGCAGACAUUUUACUUUAACUGUAGACCUGCCUAAUAUUCCUAAAGGAAAUUUACUGGAAAAUGACCCCCCUGACCUGUCUGAAUGUUACAGAAAAUGGGGGUCCAUUUCACUUUGUUUUUGUGCCAUUCUCCUUAAGCGCUUUCUUUUAAAAAGGAUUCUUCUGUCUAAAUGUAACCAGUUGUCGUAGUCCUAGUUUAUGUGAUAUUAACACCCGUCAUAUUUCAGGUCAUGCGCUUCCAGAAAUGUAAAAAAGCACAUAACGUCUCUGACCAGUAUUAUAGUGGAUGAAGUUUUUCAUUGUACAGUAUUCUUUAAAAGCUUUCUCUUUGCACAGUUUCAUUAGUUUAGAAUAUUUUCUUUUGUUUUUUUACCUGUUAGAUGAACUUAUGUACAGUGUUUCAUUUUAUAUUUGUACGUGUUUUAUUAAAUGCACUAUAUUUGCUAUAUCUCA